AUGGCCGUCUUACUACUUUCGUCUUUCCAAGUACCGCUAGUAAUGUCCGGCUCCGACCAUUGUUCAGCAUCCAUCAUCUGUAACGUUACGUCUCAUCUGACAGAAUGGACACGGUUUUGUGGUGGUAAAAUAGGAUUAUUUGGUCAUCCGGAGUUCUGUGAUAGAUAUAUAGCUUGUGCUCCAUCUCACCUGUAUAUUGGUCGAUGUCCAGAAGGUCUUCAUUUUAAUGCUAAACACACUGUCUGUGAUUGGCCAUACAAAGCCAAUUGUAAAGUAAAGAGCAACCAAAACUGUCCGGAAGUAAUUAUUUGUAAGAACCACGUGAAAUAUUUCCAGUUCCCUGAUUGGUCGGAUUGUAAUAAAUUCUAUGUGUGUACCUUUGGUGUUUUAAAGAAGAAUUCGUGUCCUGUUGGAAUGCAUUAUGAUUUUGUUAACUGGACUUGUACCUUCCCUAGUUCUGCCACUUGUUUUGAACCUUAAUGGAUAUAGCUAGACGACAUUAACAAGUUUUUGCUUUACCAGCUCAUGGAGCUUAAUUUCAGCCACCUGAUGUAACACUUUCAGAAUGAAGGUACGAUGUUCUAUACAUUUAAUCUUCGACACUAACGACAGAUAGGUAAAUCAAGUAAUUUUGAAUGAACCCAAGCCAAUAUUACCGAUGAUGUCAUCAAUAAAAGAAUUUUUAAAGGCGAAGCCGAAAUGGAGUAUUCUCGAUAUAUUAUUCUCGUAUAUAUUGGACUUACUAGGUGUCAUGACUAAAGAAUAGAAUCUCUAUAUACGGUAUAUAUUUAAACUAAGUAAUCAUUGAAACAUGCUUCUCAGCAUUUUUCAAAAUUAUUUAGUUUAAUGAAUUAUUACUUAGUUUUAUGGAUUUAUUGGAUUAUAAGGAGAUUCCAUUGUUAAGUUAUGACACUGAUGAAUAAAGACUCAUUUGGCAAAUUUUCAAUUUUUUGAUCAUCCUAAGAGGUACCGUAAAGUUCAGUCAGCUGAUGGAGGGAAAUAUAAGACUAUAAGCUUAUACAAAUCUUUUAUUCCAAUCCAAAUAUUCUUGAUACAUUACAUAUAUACAUUAUAUACAAUAAGUUGUACAAAAUAAAUUUAGUUUGAAAACCAACUGAUCUAUCUUUGCUCUUUCUAUUUCUAGAAAUUUAACCACAAUUGCCUCGACCAAUAAUGGUUCUUAGCACUGUACGUUUUUGUUUAUCAUAAAGUUACAUUGUACACAUGUUCAUUUAGCAACGGUACGAUGUUAUCCACUCCAAUACUGAUAAUACACUACUGUUGUUAAAAGAACAUGCAUUGAACAUGGCACCAAUACACUUUGUUUUCUUAGAAAGCCCCUGACAACACACUUCUGGGUCAGCCAUCUGUUUCUGUAAGUGAUUUUCAGGACAUUCCAAUUAUGUCUACUCUUCUGUAACAUUCACAUCAUUCGCUUAUCAGGACUUGAACUCGAAGCCACAAAAUAUAGAAAAUCCGAUCGGAGACUUUCACCAACUUCGUUAUUGGCUGUAACAUACAGUCUGUAUCUAUUGUUUGGCUGCAAGUCACGAACUGUCACGUGGCCGGAAGACCGUCCAAAAUCGCCCACUAAAACACUGGAUUUAUCAGAACAUUUACCAUGAGCAAAAAUAGAAGUUUCAUAAUAUACGGUAAAAUAUCCAACUUUAUCGGUUGGUUUGUACUUCCAUGAUACAGAUACGGAUUCAUCAUUAACCAAGCAAUCGUCCAUUUCUAUUAUUGGUGCUGAUGAUAUCACUACGGGUGUGUUGUUGUAACAUUGUUUUAUAGCAGAAACUGCUUCACCAACAUUAGUUAC